UUUCGCGACCUGAGCUCUAUCAGUCACUGUUUAGUUCAUCCAUUGAAAUUGCACUCAUACUGGGUAAACGAAAGAGUUGAAAAGUUAAGGUGUUUGCACUCAAGAAUUGACGGUGAAAACCUCCACAUAAUUCAACAUCUAUCAAAGGAUACCGUGCAACAACUCGCUUCUUGAAGAACAUGCCUAAUUGUUGACGAAGACAGAAUGCACAGUUUCGUUAAGAACCGUUUUAAAUUGAUGGACAUAUUUUGGACAUUUCUUCCCCUGGUAGCUCUGUCAGACCCAUCCUUCGCCGUUUUGAUCGAAAUGGAACGAUUACCCAGCUUUCCUACGGACGAUUUUCUUUUGCCAGACUCCUUAUGUCCCUCUUUCCGUCCAUCAUGCAGCCUGUUCAAAGCCCACCCGCUGGGAGGUUGCUGGUGCAGUUGCCCAAACACCUUUUCAUUUUACGAAGAAGACUUCCAAUGCGAGCAAAAUUCUGAAGCUCGACGAAAUGCAGGCUGUGAUUUACUGUUUGCAGAUGAGACAGAUGAUAAUUCACUGCCGUUUUUUCCAUCCGGUUCCGUUCGUCAGAAAACGAUCAACGUGCCUGCCAACCAGAACUGCAGCUUUUAUUUUAAAGAUGAGGUUCAUGUUAACUACCUAAGGUGUGACGGAACAUGGAAGUUGGAAAAUGUGGCGGACACCAUAGAUUUAACUAGUGGCUGGUCCAUCAGUCAACUCUCCAUAAAGCUCAAGUCUGGCCUUACAAUGCCACAGAGUUUUGCUGGUCGUCUGGUCAGAGUAGCAGUGCAAUGUGGUGCUCGGAAUUCGGAUUCGCCGUUUAAGACCACGUGUGUUCUCUUCAAGGUUCAAGGAAUUAAUUCAUGUUCAUAUCCCCAGUCCACCCCAUCACCAAGUCAAGCCAUUGCAACUCUGCCGACACCAAUAUCAAGACCGAAGAAACCAACGACUCAACCAACAACUAAACCAACAACUCAACCAACGACUCUACCAACAUUAAACCCCACUCAGAUUGAAAGCAGCCCAAUUUUCUGUGAUGAAUCAGGGAAAAUUGAAAUCCAACAGCAGACGUACUGGGCAAAAUGUUUCUUUUUCUGUUGUCGCGACUGCAAUAAGGAAUUCUACGAUUGUUAUAACACAUCUCACAGGAGCUACUGCCUUGGGUUGGCUUUCAGUUGUGCUGAAAAAUGUGCUAGGGACAGUUCACUAAGCAUAACAGUGAAAGGAAUGCAAUUUCUUCGCUGAAGGAGUCAAGUUCUGUUAAAUUUUAUGGUUCCUAAUUUAAUGCCAAAGCGUUUUUAAGAAACAAAACGUCCACCGAUAAAAAAAUAAUUUUUGAUUUCUGAGUGUCUCACCUGUUAAUUGUUUAUAUAUUUUUCAUCUUUUAUUACUAAUUUCCUUUUUGUUUAUCCUUUUUUUUAAUUAUUUCGCCUAUUGAUGCCGCUUAACCGAAAAUAAGAAAAGAGCAAAAUCGGUCUUUUCUAAAACAAAGAUUUCUACCAGACAAAAACUUGUCAUUGGAACACUUUUAAAAAUAAAUUUGCCUGAUGGAGGUGGGAAUUAAACAGCUUUCUAAUUUCACUUGUUUAGAUUUUCAUAACUCCUCACUUGACAUCAAGAAUUAAUAUCACCGCAUGCCUGUACAGAUGGCAUACCGUGAGGUGAAGAACAGAGCUUCGUGCAACCUUCCUUUCACCGAUAACAUGGUUUCUCCGGGUAUUUAGGAUAUGGCUAUAAUUGAUAUUUGAAAAAAGUCUGAUAUCUUAGCAGUAUUUUGUCGUCACCAUCCUUAAAAAUUCGGAGCAAACAGGGCUCUCUGCCAUUCUACACUAUCCUAAUGGAUGGUCACACAAUUUGGGCCAGUUUUCAGUUUCUGUUUUAAAAAACCAGCUCUCGAAAAAAUAUUGAUAUUUGUGAAACGACCGAGUGGAGUCCAAUUUGGAAUUAUUAAACAGGUGAUUUUUUAGUCAAAAUUGUGAUAACAAACAGAAUUUGACGACUUAGAGUCCGGUUCCAGUUAAUCAAAACUAGGCACGAGAAACGACGCACCUGUCGGUAGAAAGUCGGAAUUCAUAGCUAAAAACAUUCACCGUAUUCAGUGAUGGCGGCUGCUUGGAAUGGCACCUGCUUCUGCCGAAAUUAAUCACUCACCACAAGUUUUAGGUUUUCUUGCAGAGAGAAAGUUUAAUUUUUUCAUGAAGUAUCAAUGCGUGCAAAAAUUUGAAAUAGUUUAAUUUCGCCACCUUGGCUCAUCUUCGAGCGCUAAUCAAUAAAAUAUCUUAACCCUUUAUAAAACUCCCAAGAUAUCAUUUAAUUUAGUAAUUCUCCUUACAGUUCUUGUGAUGUUAGCUCAGAGAAUUUCGUAUAAGAUCAACUAAUUAUAUCCAAAUUGUUAUUUUUCUUUA